AUGGCCGGCCCCCAAAACCCCUCCGCGCCCGCAACAAAAACCCUCCCUGCACCCACCUCGCGCCGCCGCCCACCGCCCCAAGGCGAAGAAGAAGCCACCAACCGCCUCAAGCUCGGCGACAUGACCGGCGAACAAGCCCUCUCCCCGGCCGAAGUCACCCUGAUGCUGGACCAGCUCGAGAAAGCGCGCGGCAACCCCAACCACACCGAGAUCUACUACAAGACGCGGGACUACUGCCGCGAGUUUGCGCGCUUCAAGGACUCGAACACCAUCCAGCAGGUCAACCAGAUCAGCACGGAGCUGACGGAGAGGGAUUUGGGCAUUACGCAGUAUGAGCGCGCACAACUAGCGACUCUCUGCUGCGAUACCUCAGAAGAAGCCCGCACUCUCAUCCCCUCGCUCGAAGGCAAGAUUGGCGAUGAAGAACUCGAAGAGGUCCUGAAGCACAUAUCCGCGCUGCGCGAUUUCCAAUAG